GGCGGCGGAGGGGUUAAGUGCGGGAUCAGCUGUUCUCAUGUCAUUACGGAUUCUCUUCAUUUUAUACAGAGCUCUGUUUGAUGUCUGAAUGCACAGGGGACUCCCCCUCCUCCUCCAACUCCCACCCCUUUUAUUUCGCUCCCGAGCCCUCUCUCCUUCCUCCUCCCCUUCCUUUCUCUCCCGCUCCGCUCUGGCUCACGCACACCCUUUGCAGACCGUGCGCUCAGUGCCAGUGUCUAAUGGCCCCGAAGUGAAGAGCCAAGCGCUGCUCCGGCGGCGGCGCGGCCGGCCUGCCGCAGAUGAACCCUCCUAACUAGCGCCGAGGGGUCGGGAGGGACGGCGAGCAGGGGAGAGCCCGAGGGGCCAGCCGGGAAGACGAGGAUAGCGGUGGAUAGCGGUGUGCGGAAGAGGACGGACCCGCGAACAGCUCCACGGCUACCUGUCGACACAUGCUGUGCUCCAUGGCUAACUCGGGCUGCCUCCUUGUCUCCAACUCAGGCAUGCUUCCUCACUCUCUCCCCUGUCCUCCAGCCUUCCUCUACCUCCAACAGGGUAACCAGGACGCCACGGCCCCACCGGACGCGAUGGCCCAGCCCUACGCCCCCGCCCAGUACCCCCCGCCCCCCCAGAACGGGAUCCCCGCAGAGUACGCGCCGCCGCACCCGCACCCCACGCAGGACUACUCGGGGCAGAGCACGGUCCCGGAGCACGCCAUGAGCCUCUACACACCAGCACAGAGCCACCCCGAGCCGGCGGGCAGCGACGCCAGCACACAGUCCAUAGCAGGGACACAGACGGCACCGCAGACAGACGAGGCGGCACAGACAGACAGCCAGCAGCUACACUCCUCAGACACCACAGACAAGCAGCAGCCCAAGAGGUUACACGUCUCUAACAUUCCCUUUCGAUUCCGGGACCCCGACCUGCGGCAAAUGUUUGGGCAAUUCGGGAAGAUCCUGGACGUGGAGAUCAUUUUCAAUGAGCGGGGCUCCAAGGGUUUUGGGUUUGUAACUUUUGAAACUAGCACAGAUGCCGACCGGGCACGGGAGAAGCUGAAUGGCACCAUCGUAGAGGGCCGGAAGAUUGAGGUGAACAAUGCCACGGCCCGUGUCAUGACCAACAAGAAGGUGGCCAACCCCUACACCAACGGCUGGAAGCUGAACCCGGUGGUGGGAGCAGUCUACGGCCCCGAAUUCUACGCAGUAACGGGGUUCCCGUACCCCGCCACGGGGACGGCCGUGGCCUACCGAGGGGCACACCUACGGGGCCGGGGACGUGCCGUGUACAACACCUUCCGUGCCGCGCCGCCGCCGCCGCCCAUCCCCACCUACGGCGCGGUCGUCUACCAGGACGGGUUCUACGGAGCUGAGAUCUACGGGGGCUAUGCUGCCUGCAGGUGCAGCCCCCUGAGCAGUGUCUCUCCCUGCAGGGGGGCUAUGCUGCCUACAGGUACGCCCAGCCCGCAGCAGCAGCGGCCGCGUACAGCGACAGCUAUGGCAGAGUGUACGCAGCAGCAGACCCCUACCACCACACCAUCGGCCCCGCCGCCACGUACAGCAUUGGCACCAUGUGAACCCAUGGCCGUUUCCUUCUGGGACCAGGAAGGGCAAAAAUAUCCACAUACACACACAAAAAAAAAAAAAAAGAACCCCAAAAUAUAAAAAUUAAAAGCGAAGAAACAAAAAAAAAAAAAAAAAAAAAAGAAAGAAAAACCAAACAAAAAAAAAGAGAAACCAAGCCAAGCGGCAGCAGCCAAGUGAGCCCCAGCUGUCCACACACACGGAGUGAGCGAGUCCCAGAGGAGCCGCGGCGAGCACCGGCGGUCGGAUGCGCCGGAGGGACCCCCAGCGCCCCGGCCCCAGAGCCCCGCAGGGAGGGAGCCGGUGCGGGCAGGCGUGAGGGUCCGCGGGGGUCCGGGGCCCUCCCCCGCCCAGGUGCAGGGCCUGGGCUCCACGUCUUCCUUUCCCUGGUGCGGCAGCGCUGGGGGUGCCGGCAGAGCGCUGCGCCCUGCCCGGCUCGUGGGACCGGGUGACAGGGUGGGGACCUGGCUUGGUGCCACCCGGCGCUGGCGGCCAUCAGCGUGUCAGGUGUGCGAGGCCUCAGCUCCAGCGCGGAACUGGGGCGGCGGCGCGGAUGCGGUGCUGAGGUACUGCAGGGGACGACCCUCUGCCUUUUAAAGGGAAUUUUUGUUAAGAGGAGCUUGCAACUCGCUUGUGACCCCUUCCCCUUCUUCCUUCCUCCUUCCCUGACCCCCGCGCUCCCGCCCUGCCUGGACCAGCCCCGACCAAAGCUGGGCCAGGCCUGCCCCAGUCCCACUGCUGCUUGCUCUGCGGCAUGGGACACGCUCACGGCCACCCGUCCCUGCCCGAGGCAGAGGGAUGCCCCCAGCCCUGGGUGUGGGGUCUCGGCAUCACCCACAAGGGACCCCCCGGAGCCCCGAGGCUGGGCCGCAGCCGCCGGCGCGCUGGGGCACUGCGGGGCCCAUCCCGGGGUGCAGCGCCGUCCCGCGCCCUUCCGGCUCUGCCACUCCUCAAACCUCACUUUAUAGUCUGCAGACGCCCCCGACGCCCCAGCGAUGAGCUCCCCCUUUUCUAUUCCCAGUGUACAUAGCCCCGGCCCCGCUCCCUGUACAAAGCUCCGUCCAUCGCUGUACUGGCUUCUCCCUGACAGCACCCCCGCGCCGCCCGGCGUGCGGGCUGGCACCGGCCCAUCCUGUAUGCUUCAAAGUGUGACCAUUCUAAUAAACAGUAUUAUUAUUAUUAUUAUUAUUAUUAUUAUUAUUAUUAUUAUUAUUAUUAUUAUUAUUAUUAUUAUUAUUAUUACAAGGAUUAUUAUUAUUAUUAUUGAAAUUAUUAAUAAAGAUUUCUUUCUUCAACCA